AUGGGCCGACCAGCACGAUAUGGCUGUUCUGUAUGCAAAAAACAGUUAAAAGGAAAGGUAAAGCGUACCAUCUCCCAACCAUUGAAAACAUAUUUGAUACAACAUGGAUAUAAACUAGGUGGAGAAAGUCAAAUCUGUACCAAAUGCAGAAUAAAUGCCAAGUCUAUAGUACAGAGUGCGCCAAAAGAUAGAUCUAGAUGUAGUAUCCAACUUCCUUUUGUGUCGGCUGGAAAUUCACAUAACAAAUGCGUAUUUUGUAAUGCAAGAAAAGGUAUCGUAGUAGUACCAAAAGAGGCCAGAACAGAUGCAUUCAUACACUUCCAAUUACUUAUACCUGUCGGAUGCAAAUGCUGUCGAAAGCAUUUAAUUGGGAAACAACUAAAUAGAGAUGUAAAUGUUGACUUUACAAAAUAUAAGAGACAACAUUCAGUGUUACCAUCAAAAGAAUUAAAUGAUUUACUUGAACGAGUACGUUUCAAAGCGCUGAGGUCUUAUGACAGUAGUAGUCUCAGUUUUAAUAAACUCUCCAAUGAUGAAGAUUAUAUUUCUUUAUUAGGCAUUUCUAAAGCGAAUUUCGAUGACUUGGUUACAAAUGUAACAUCUAUGAGAAAUACAAAAAUUCGAACAAUAAGAAAUGCAGUUGGUAUCCUUCUAUUCAAAUUGAAAUCUGGCUUAUCAAAUGGAUUGCUGGCCACUCUUUGUGGAUUUCGAUGUAGGCGACAAGUGGCUGAAAUCAUUGAAAGUGCUCGAAUAGCUAUCGUAAAAGAUUUUGUGCCCCAUAACCUUGGUUUUGAUCAUAUAACCAGAGAAAGUAUCAUAGAAAAUCACACAACAGAUAUCUCAAAACAACUUUUUUCAGAUCCUAUUUCAAACACUGUCAUAUUAGUGCUAGAUGGUACUUACAUAUAUAUACAAAAAAGUGCGUCGUACAAAUUUCAACGACUCUCUUAUUCUGUGCACAAAGGGAGACCCUUGGUAAAACCAUUCCUGAUAACAACAACCAGCGGUUACAUCGUAGAGGUCUUCGGACCUUACUUAGCAAAUGGUCGAAACAACGAUGCCUCCAUAUUAAAGACUGUGAUGAAAACAAAUAAGGGCAAUAUAAUGGAUUUCCUCACCGAAAAUGAUGUGCUUGUGGUAGAUAGGGGAUUCCGUGACUCGACAGAUUUUCUAAAUGAAUGCGGGUUUAAAACACAGAUGCCAGUCUUUCUACCAAAAUCUUGCAAACAACACAGUACAAUCGAAGCAAAUGCAUCAAGAAUGGUAACUAAAAUACGGUGGGUGGUUGAGGCUGCCAACGGCAGACUUAAAAAAUGGCGAUUUUUGGAUAAUGUUGUCAGCAACUCAAACAUUCCUUCAGUCGGUGACUUCGUAAGAAUCGUGUGUUCUUUAAUUAACAAAUACAGACCACCUUUGAAAACAAAUGAUGUAAAUGAUUUUAAUAAUGGUUUUAAAAUGUUAAUGAUGUCGAAGAACAAUGAAAAUGUCUUGAAAGAACUUGUUACUAAAGAUUCCAAUUACAGAUACCGGACAAAUUCAAAACUCUGGAAGAGUAUCGACGCACGUGAUGCUGCGAUCAACUUCCCUGCCCUCUCCGAGGAAGAUGUUAGACAACUAACAUUUGGAACAUAUCAAAUCCGGCAAGCAAAUUCUUAUAUUAGAGAACAUAUUGAUGAAACCGGCCAAUACGCAAUUGAUGUGUCAUAUGUAGAAUCUGACUUGAUUCACUGUCGAAUACAAUCCAGACACACUAGCAGCACUCUUUAUAAUCUUUGGAUUAGGUUCACUAUAUCAGCAGUGACCUCUUGGUACUGUCAGUGCAAGAGUGGUGCUAGAACUUUAGGGUGCUGUGCACACAUCUGCAGUGUAAUCUGGUAUUUAGGUUAUCAUCGUCACCAGUGCAAUAAAAUCGAGAAAGACAGAUACAUGUCAAGUGUUGACGAUGCUGGACAAUACCAGACGGACAAUGAUGAUGAAUCAGAAUAA